UUCGGGUCUGGGCGCGGCUUUUCGGAGUUUUGACGUGAAGCAGUACACGAGGUACUUUUUAAUCUUCCAGUGCAGUAAUCUUAUUGACGAUGCACGUUACAUUUUUAUUUUAAUAUUGACGCUUCUUCAUUUAUCUCAUACUCUUCUCAUACAUCAAUGUCGUCCACUGCAUCCAUAGUUCCCAAUGUUUCAUAUCAUUUACCUAAACCUGUUACACAGAAUUUCCAACAUUUCGAUUGUAAUUCUGAUGGUUCAGUGUUAGGAUUUAAUCAUCAAUCAUCAUCAUCAUCAUCAAAUAGUAAUUAUGGUUCUACAACUAAUUUCAUGAAAUCCGGUUCAUCAUCAUCAUCAUCAUCGAUAUGCACUUCCAAAUUGGUCUCCUAUAAUUUAGAUAAUGCUUUACGUUUAUCUUUAAAAUCAUCCGCUGUCCAACUGAAUGGACAUAUAUCAAACUAUACAGAAAAACUAUCCCAACAACCUUUGUCUUUCCAUGAAUCAUCAGCUCCUCCUUUGGAUUCAAUAAUCAAGCAAAAAAUUCAAAGUUUACCCAGAUCUUUAAUCUUAACAGAUUCCAAUGAAUGUAAAUCUGUCGAGAAAAGUUCUCUUGAAAAUAAACUCCUAUGUUCCGAUGAUGAACUUGAACAUUUAUGUCAGACCGGUAUUCAUUGUAUACCAAGAAGAGCUUUGGGGUUUGGUAACUCUGGGAAUACAUGUUAUCUUAACUCUGUACUUCAAUGUAUUAUGGCUACUGGUCCUUUACUUGCAUAUAUCAAUCAUAAACAUUCAAAUCCUAGCAGUUGUAUGAUCACUAAUGGUCGAUCUAAUCUUUCGAAUUUGAACAAAUCACGUUUUUGUGCUUUAUGUGGUCUUUCUCGUUUGUUAAAUGAACAUCACUCACAAAAUGGACGUACAGUUCCUGUUUACUUUGUAUCCAAUGUUCGAG